UUCCAACAAGGAAGAACCAUUCCCUGUGCCAAUGGCUUCCCCAUUCCGUGCUUCCUUUUUUUCAGCCACGGCAGCUAUAUCAACUCAGCGCUGGCCGAGCGUGCGUGUAGCCAGUUUUCGUGAGAGUCGGGUUCCACAUUGACAUCCUCCAUGGGACAGUCAUUGAUGGCACGCAUGGCCAUGUUCCGCUUGAUCUUGCAGGCCGGCAAGAUCCUUGAUCAGCCCCUGCACUUUGGCCAAAGAUUUGAGUACCUUCUCUUGCUCCUUAGCGCCUUCGUCAGAGGAGGUCUUCUUGAUGCUCGCGAUCUUCUUCCUGAGCUGGCAGCUGCGGUUCAGAAGGCACAGCGUCGUCCUCAUCCUCCUCACCCUCUUGGGUCUGAUUGGCGGAGGAGCUCUUUCUUCGCCUUGGCUAGAAAGGAGGCAAAUGUCUCGGCUAAUUGCUGCACUGCCUGGAGUCAGGCUCGUCGGGCACGAAGAACUGCAGCUGCAAAGAGAGGACUCCCAGGGAGCUUUGCAAUGGAUGAGGCCAGCCUUCGCCGUCAUCUUGCGAACACCGUGACCCAAGGCAGCUGCUUCCGGGCACGUUUUGGGAUGAACGAAGGUUGGCGAUCCAUGUCCAGGGCCCUCUCCUACAGCCUCUUCCUCCUCUGCAUCACCCAGCUUGACAAGCUUGAUCGGAACCGUCUUGCGGUCGGAAAGGGCACUUGUCCAACGCAGAGUCAACUUCUUAUGAGCUGGCGGUGUCCGGCUGCGUGGCCGGGAUUUCAGUUUCACCAGCUCCCGGGGUCAUCUCUUCGCGCAGCUUGUCACCUAGGACAAGGACAUUAGCACGAAAGCCAAACAUUGAUAAU